AAUCUAUAGAUCACACGCAACCCAAUGUAAGAAUUGAGAGAGAAAGAGCACAGCAAUCUGAAUCAAAUCAGAGAGCAUCAAAGAUCUAUUCUUUUGUAUAUUCUUGUUAAGAAACUGAAAAGUUAUAUUCGGAAUGAGGUUGUCGUUGAGACAGUGGCUUGGGAGUGUAAUCGUGCUUACACAGCUUGUACAUGGAGCUCUAUGUUGGGGGAAGGAUGGUCAUUACACUGUCUGCAAAAUAGCUGAGGGAUACUUUGAGGAAGAAACUAUAGCUGCAGUGAAGAAACUGCUCCCUGAAUCUGCUCAAGGAGAAGGAGGAGAUCUAGCAUCUUUUUGCUCAUGGCCUGAUGAAAUUAAACACCUCUCGCAAUGGAAAUGGACUAGCGCUAUGCACUAUGUUAACACACCUGAAUACAGAUGCAACUAUGAGUAUUGUCGGGACUGCCACGACAGUCAUAUGCAUAAACACUGGUGUGUGACAGGAGCAAUCUUCAAUUACACAAGGCAACUUAUGUCUUCUUCUGUAAACUCACAGACUUUGGUCCAAUAUAACUUGACAGAGGCUCUCAUGUUCUUAUCACAUUAUAUGGGAGAUGUCCAUCAGCCUUUGCAUACUGGUUUUAGUGGAGAUCUAGGUGGUAACACAAUAAUAGUACACUGGUACAAUCACAAAACAAAUUUACACAAUGUAUGGGAUGACAUGAUUAUUGAAUCUGCUCUCAAAACAUAUUACAACUCAAGUCUUCCAGUCAUGAUCCAAUCCCUUCAAGCCAAACUCACAAAUGGCUGGUCAAAUGAUGUUCCAUCGUGGGAAUCAUGUCAACAGAACCAAACAGCUUGUCCAAAUCAGUAUGCAUCUGAGAGUAUAGAUCUUGCCUGCAAGUAUGCUUAUAAGAAUGCUACACCAGGAACCACUUUAGGAGAUGAGUAUUUUCUCUCUCGGUUACCAAUUGUAGAGACGAGACUUGCACAAGGUGGGAUUCGCUUGGCCGCAAUUCUUAACCGUAUCUUUUCUGCAAAAACAAAGCUGGCUGGAGCAUGAAACUAAAAAAAAAGUUUCAUGGAGAACCACACGUUAUCAUCGUGUGUCCUCCCAACUUACAAACAUUGUUAUUUUGUCCAACUUUCAAGCUAUAAACCAAGUUUAUAGAGUUGCAACCUUUUUACACAACUCUAAGCAUGGAACCAAAGUGUUUGGCCUAGUGGUAGUAGUACAAGAGGGCUGGUUCUUUUAAUUAUGUAUGCCCCGAGUACAAACCAUCUUUGAUACGGAGGGUUAUUCUUUAAAUUGGAA